AGGAGGAGCAGGAGAGGGUGAAGGAGAGGAGGAGCGGGAGAAGGGGAAGGAGGAGAGCAGGGCCGGCCCGCCCCUGCCCAGCCCAGCCCGCAGGAGGCCGGAGACCAGCCGGGCGGCCCAGCCCUCGCCUUCCGCUUCACCUACGCCCAAGGUGCGGCGCAGAAGCCGGGCUGCGCGGCGCCCGCCCGGGAGGAGCCGGUGCUGCAGCCGCCUUGCGUUCGGUCCCCGGAGCUCCGAGCCCAGCCGGCGGCAUGUAGAGGCGGCCGCAGAGCCAGCUCAGAUUUGCAACUCUGAGGAUUUUUUUUUUUUUUCUUUUUGGUACUGCGGGCGCGCGGCAACCUUGGAUCAACGCCCCGCUGCUCCGGCCCACUCUCUCCUUGCAAGCUGCGGUUUCCUGGCGAAAACAUUAAAGGGUCUGAGGAAGGGGCGCGGGGCCGAGACUCAGAGUGGGACCCGGGAUCUCCCCGCGCCCAGUGGGCAACCAUGACCGACGAGAGCUCCGAUGUCCCCCGGGAGUUAAUGGAAAGCAUAAAGGAUGUUAUUGGCAGAAAGAUCAAAAUCUCUGUGCAGAAGAAAGUGAAGUUGGAAGUGAAAGGAGACCGAGUGGAGAACAAAGUGCUGGUGCUCACGUCAUGCCGAGCCUUCCUUCUGUCAGCGCGCAUCCCCACCAAGCUCGAGUUAACCUUCAGCUAUCUAGAGAUUCACGGAGUCAUCUGCCACAAGCCAGCUCAGAUGGUUGUGGAGACUGAGAAGUGUAGCAUGUCCAUGAAGAUGGCGUCACCAGAGGACGUGAGCGAUGUGCUGGCUCACAUAGGCACCUGCUUGCGGAGGAUAUUUCCCGGCCUUUCCCCACUGAGGAUCAUGAAGAAAGUCUCCAUGGAGCCAUCUGAGCGCCUGGCCAGUCUCCAGGCCCUGUGGGACAGCCAGACCUUGGCUGAGCCAGGCCCCUGUGGUGGGUUUUCCCAGAUGUAUGCCUGUGUGUGCGACUGGCUGGGAUUUUCAUACAGGGAAGAAGUGCAGUGGGAUGUGGAUACAAUUUAUCUGACACAAGACACCAGGGAAUUAAAUUUACAGGACUUCAGUCAUCUUGAGCACAGAGACCUGAUCCCCAUCAUUGCUGCCCUGGAAUAUAAUCAGUGGUUCAACAAACUGUCCUCUAAGGAUCUCAAGCUGUCCGCAGAUGUCUGUGAACAGAUCUUGAGAGUGGUGAGUAGGUCCAAUCGACUGGAAGAAUUGGUGUUGGAAAAUGCCGGGCUUCGAACAGAUUUUGCACAGAAAUUGGCCGGUGCUCUAGCCCACAAUCCUAACUCAGGACUUCACACGAUCAACCUUGCUGGGAACCCACUGGAGGAUCGAGGUGUGUCCUCAUUAAGUAUUCAAUUUGCCAAACUCCCAAAGGGAUUGAAGCAUUUGAACCUAUCUAAAACCUCAUUGUCACCUAAAGGGGUGAACAGCCUUUGUCAGUCCCUCAGUGCCAAUCCUCUGACCGCCUCUACCCUCACUCACCUGGACCUCUCAGGGAAUGCGCUUCGUGGAGAUGACCUCUCGCACAUGUACAAUUUUUUGGCCCAGCCCAAUACCAUUGUUCAUCUGGAUUUAUCUAAUACGGAAUGUUCUCUGGACAUGGUGUGUAGUGCUCUUCUCCGCGGGUGCCUUCAGUGUCUAGCUGUGCUCAACCUCUCCAGAUCUGUCUUCUCCCACAGGAAAGGAAAGGAAGUCCCUCCAUCUUUCAAGCAGUUUUUCAGCAGUUCUCUGGCUUUGAUGCAAAUCAAUCUUUCAGGCACAAAACUGUCUCCUGAGCCCUUGAAGGCACUGCUCUUGGGCUUGGCCUGCAACCAUAGCUUGAAGGGGGUCUCUCUGGAUCUCAGCAGCUGCGAGCUGAGGUCAGGAGGAGCUCAGGUGUUGGAAGGCUGCAUCGCCGAAAUCCACAACAUCACCAGCUUAGAUAUCUCCGACAAUGGUUUAGAAUCCGACCUGUCUACCCUAAUAGUGUGGCUCAGUAAAAACAGAUCAAUACAGCACCUGGCGUUAGGCAAAAAUUUUAAUAAUAUGAAAUCCAAAAAUCUGACGCCCGUGUUGGACAACUUAGUGCAGAUGAUCCAAGAAGAAGACUCACCCCUGCAGUCCUUGUCCCUGGCUGACUCAAAACUCAAGGCUGAGGUCACCAUCAUCAUCAAUGCCCUGGGCAGCAACACCUCCCUAACCAAGGUGGACAUCAGUGGGAAUGGCAUGGGGGACAUGGGGGCGAAGAUGCUGGCCAAGGCUCUCCAGAUCAACACCAAACUCAGGACAGUCAUCUGGGACAAAAACAACAUCACCGCACAAGGCUUUCAGGACAUAGCUGUUGCUAUGGAAAAGAACUACACGCUGAGGUUUAUGCCGAUUCCUAUGUAUGAUGCUUCUCAAGCUCUUAAGACAAACCCUGAGAAAACAGAAGAGGCUCUGCAGAAGAUAGAAAAUUACCUGCUCCGGAAUCACGAGACCAGAAAAUACCUUCAGGAGCAGGCCUACCGCCUCCAACAGGGCAUCGUAACCAGCACUACCCAGCAGAUGAUUGACCGGAUAUGUGUGAAGGUUCAGGAUCACCUCAACUCCUUACGAACCUGUGGGGGGGAUGCUAUUCAGGAGGACUUAAAGGCAGCGGAGCGGCUCAUGCGUGAUGCUAAGAACUCUAAAACGUUGUUACCGAAUUUAUACCAUGUGGGCGGUGCAUCCUGGGCGGGAGCCGGUGGCCUGUCAUCUAGUCCCAUUCAGGAGACCCUGGAAUCCAUGGCUGGGGAGGUCACGAGAGUUGUCGACGAGCAACUGAAGGGUUUGCUAGAAUCCAUGGUGGAUGCGGCUGAGACUCUUUGCCCCAAUGUGAUGAGAAAAGCCCAUAUCCGACAGGACCUGAUCCACGCCAGCACCGAAAAGAUUUCCAUCCCACGAACCUUCGUUAAGAACGUCCUGUUGGAACAGUCUGGAAUUGACAUUCUUAACAAAAUUAGUGAGGUGAAGCUGACCGUGGCCUCGUUCUUGUCUGACCGAAUUGUGGAUGAGAUCCUGGAGGCGCUCUCCAACAGCCAUCGGAAGCUGGCUGACCAUUUCAGCAGGCGAAGCAAGAGCCUCCCCCAGCGAGAGGCCCCAGACACGGAGCUGGUGGAGGAGAAGCCGGUGAAACGGGCCGUACUCACCGUCGAGGACCUCACCGAGGUGGAGCGGCUGGAAGACCUGGACACCUGUAUGAUGACUCCCAAGUCCAAGAGGAAGAGCAUCCACAGCCGAAUGCUGCGGCCUGUCUCCAGGGCAUUUGAAAUGGAGUUUGAUCUUGAUAAAGCCCUGGAAGAGGUGCCGAUUCACAUCGAAGACCCGCCUUUCCCGUCAGUCCGGCCGGAGAAGCGAAGCUCCGGGUUAAUCUCCGAGUUACCCUCAGAGGAAAGCAGGAGACUGGAGCACUUCACCAAGUUACGGCCCAAGCGGAACAAGAAGCAGCAGCCCACACAGGCCGCGGUUUGUUCCAGCAGCAUCAUCCCCCAUGAUGGAGAACAGAAUGGCCUCAUGGGCAGAGUGGAUGAAGGCGUGGAUGAAUUUUUCACCAAGAAAGUGACUAAAAUGGAUUGCAAGAGGUCAUCGACACGCAGCUCAGAUGCCCAGGAACUGGGCGAAGGAGAUGAGAAGAAAAAACGGGAUUCUCGGAGAAGUGGCUUUCUCAACCUAAUCAAAUCACGCUCCAGAUCUGAGCGGCCACCUACGGUCCUGAUGACAGAAGAGCUCUCCUCCCCGAAAGGCUCGAUCCGGAGCCCACCGGUGGACACCGCCAGGAAGGACGUGAAGGCAGCAGAGCACAAUGGUGCUGCAGAACGCACAGAGGAGAUGAAGACGCCAGAACCCCUGGAGGAGGGCCUGGCGGAGGAAGCAGGCAGAGUCGAGCGCAGUGACAGCAGGGGCAGCCCCCAGAGUGGCCGGCGCUAUGUGCAGGUGAUGGGCAGCGGGCUGCUGGCCGAGAUGAAGGCCAAGCAGGAGCGGAGAGCUGCCUGUGCACAGAAGAAGCUCAUCAAUGACGUCAUCUCCCAGGAUCCCUCCAGCCCUGUCUUGAGUAACACAGAGCGGUUAGAUGGAGGUGGAACAGUACCUAAACUGCACCCAGGUCUUCCGGAGGCCCGCUUUGGUCUGGGAACUCCAGAAAAGAAUGCCAAAGCUGAAACCAGAGUGGACGGGAGCUGCAAAUCCCGAAGCUCCCCCAGCAUGCCCACCAGCCCAAAGCCCCUCCUUCAGUCCCCCAAACCCAGCCCUGCAGCCCGGCCUUCUAUCCCUCAGAAGCCAAGAACUGCCUCCCGACCUGAAGACACCCCAGAGUCUCCAUCUGGCCCUAGUUCCCCUAAAGUUGCUCUUCUUCCACCUGUCAUCAAAAAAGUACCCUUGGACAAGGAGCGUGAUGGACAGAACAGCUCCCAGUCCAGUCCGAGGAACUUUUCCCAGGAAGUCUCGAGGAGAAGCUGGGGCCCACAGGCCCAGGAAUACCAAGAACAGAAGCAACGGUCCUCUGGCAAAGAUGGUCACCAAGGGAGAAAGUCAAGUGACUCUGGAGAAGAGGUGGAAAAAGAGUUUAUUUUUGUGUAACGGUGCCCACCCCAGGCCUUCCCGUGCAGGGUGCUCUUCUCAGCCCUCAGAGAGGAGUCGGGAGCAGUGCGUCCUUUUCCUUCUCUUGGUGCUUUCUUCUUUCUCUCCUUUUCUUCUUUUUCUAUGAAAUAUAUAUAUAUAUAUAUACAUAUAUACAUACAUAUAUAUGUACAUAUAUAAAGUCCACUUUUUGAUUAUCAAAGCACAUUUUUGGUCUUCCCAAAUUCGAUUUCUAAACACUGUUUCUUAUGCCUUCAACAAAAAGCCAGCAAUUAUACCAUGGCCCUACUUGAAUUUCUGAGGCAGCAACACAUUGCCCUGCAUGGCGAGUUUUUUUUUCAAAAUGAAUGACGUAACUGGACUCACACCCAAGUAGCUAUCCAGGAGACGCUGGGGCGCCGCAGGGCGUGUUUGUGUCAGAUUCACACACGACUCGAUAUAGCAAUUUAUUCUUGAUGUAUGCAACUGCACAUUGUAAUUAUAUUAACAGAGCACACUAAUAAAUAAUUUGUAUAAAUUAUAUAUAUAUAUAUAUAUAUAUAUAUAUAUUAGAUCUUGGGCAUUGUUCUUAUGUUCUUCUGUGGGGCACUUCUUUCCCUGUGUAGAACUGUACAUUUAAAGCUUGGUUGAUAGUCUUUAUAGACCAUCAGCAAGCCCAGCUGAAAACAGAGUAUGAGAAGCCCAGAUUUGUGUAUAUAGUUGAUUGGAAUGAGGUCUUAUGGAUAUUCAUGUUUUUUGAAGGCCUUUAAUUUCUGUUUCCUUAUUAGUUUUUAAUGUGUGGUUUUUAAGAGAAAAUUUUUGUCACCUGUAAAAAAAAAAAGUCUAAAUACUACUCUUUAUAAAACAUCUCACAAAUAUUCACUUACAUUACAGGCUGAAAGUAUUUUAUUCAUAUGUAUAUUUAUACCAAUAAAAUGAUUUUACAAGUGGAA